CGCUGUUUCUCCAAAGGAAACAUGUCCACUAUUUACAAACACUUCAAACUCUGAAGCGACAUGCCUCGCCAAUUCCCCAAGGUAACUCUGAGUGAGGCUGAUGAGGAGAACCAACUGCUGGCGGAAAAGGUGUAUGCAUCGGCCCUGAAAGAAGAGGACAAUAAAGAUGCAUUAUCCAUUUUCACCGUUCCAGAGGACUGCCCCAUUGGCCUCCAGCAAGCCAAAGAGCACGAACUGCUUAAGGAGCUUGCGGAACUGCAGUCUGAGGAGAGCACCAAAAGGCGCAAAAGCUUGAAGAUGAUUCGUUCCCAGUCCAUGUCCAUGCAGAUCUCAGGGAAUCUGGACUGGACAUGGCCAAGGGCUCCUACGCCAUACCUGUCUCCAAGCUCCAGCUCGCUGUGCUCAUCCAUCACUGAAUAUUGCCCUGAUUACCAAAGGGUUACGAUAAGUGGUGAUUACUGUGCAGGAAUUACAGUGGAAGACUAUGAACAGGCAGCCAAAAGUCUUCUAAAGGCUCUGCUGAUUCGUGAGAAAUAUUCCAAACUGGCCUACCACAGAUUCUGCAGAACCACAACGCAGUUCCUUCGCAGGGCUGAAAAUGUCAGAUGGAGUGAAGAGGAGGAAGUUCAACCAGAUAUGUGCCCAUGUCCAACGGAGAAUGAGGACCCGUACAGUAUGGAAAACAUCCCGGAGAACUUGACCUAUGAACUACGACUCGUGGAUGGAAUAGUGAACGUGUAUGAUAGCGCUGAGGAUCUCCGAGAAAAGCGUCCGCAUGACCUUCCUUAUCCAAACCUGGAGACUUUUGCGAUUGAUCUUAGUCAUGUACUGGCAAUGAUUGCAGAUGGACCCACAAAAACCUACUGCCACAGGCGACUCAAUUUCUUGAGCUCCAAGUUCCACCUCCAUGAAAUGCUCAAUGAGAUGGCUGAGCUCAAGGAACUAAAAAGUGUUCCACACCGAGAUUUCUACAACGUGAGAAAGGUGGAUACACACAUUCAUGCAGCAGCAUGCAUGUCUCAGAAGCACCUUCUUACGUUCAUUCAGAAAACAUACAACACCGAUUCGGACCGCGUGGUCAUGGAAUCCGCUGGGCAGGAAUUGACUCUUGAGCAGGUGUUCCACAACCUCAACAUGGACCCCUAUGACCUUACUGUGGACUCUCUAGACGUACAUGCUGGAAGGCUUACGUUCCAUCGCUUUGAUAAAUUCAACUCAAAGUAUAAUCCCGUUGGAGCCAGUGAACUCAGAGAAAUAUUUCUCAAAACAGACAACCAUCUCAAUGGCGAGUAUUUCGCUCACAUAAUAAAGGAAGUGGCCCACGACUUGGAGGAGAGUAAAUAUCAGCACGCAGAGCCACGCUUGUCCAUCUACGGACGCGCCCCAGAGGAGUGGCACAACCUGGCUAAGUGGUUCAUUCUGCACAAAGUAUACUCUCCAAAUAUGAGGUGGAUGAUUCAAGUGCCAAGAAUAUAUGACAUUUUUAAGGCGAAGAAUUUGGUGCCUAAUUUUGCCAAGAUGCUGGAGAAUGUGUUCGUUCCCCUCUUUGAGGCAACCAUUCACCCGCAAAGUCAUAAAGAACUUCAUGUUUUCCUCAAAUAUGUAUCGGGCUUUGACAGCGUCGAUGACGAGUCCAAACAUAGCGAUCACAUGUUCUCGUUUAGGAGCCCAAAGCCAGAAGAGUGGACCGGAGAUGACAACCCUCCAUACAGCUACUACCUUUUCCACAUGUAUGCAAACAUCAUGGUGCUCAACAAUCUCAGAAGGGAACGUGGGCUGAGCACCUUCCAGUUUCGCCCUCAUUGCGGAGAAGCGGGCUCCAUCACUCAUCUGGUAUCCGCAUUCCUCACAGCCGACAACAUCUCACAUGGGCUCAAUUUGAAGAAGAGCCCCGUGCUUCAGUAUUUGUACUACUUGGCCCAAGUGCCUAUUGCAAUGUCCCCAUUGAGCAACAACAGCCUGUUCUUGGAAUACUCCAAAAACCCUCUGCGAGAGUUCCUACACAAAGGCCUCUGCGUGUCCUUGUCUACAGAUGACCCAAUGCAGUUCCACUACACCAAGGAGCCACUGAUGGAGGAAUACGCUAUUGCAGCUCAGCUGUGGAAGCUCAGCACGUGUGAUGUGUGUGAAAUAGCGAGAAACAGCGUGCUGCAAUGUGGACUUUCUGACCAGGACAAGAAGCACUUUUUGGGGGUGAACUACCUGAAAGACGGACCCGAGGGAAAUGACAUUCGCCGCACCAAUGUGGCUCAGAUCCGCAUGGCCUACCGACAUGAAACUUUGUGCAAUGAACUCAGUUUCCUUGUAGACGCUGUCAAGGAAUGAGGGACAUUGGUCAUGAUUACUCCA